GACUCCUAUAAAAAUUACUGGAAGUGAAAUAAUUUUUGAGCAGUCUUCUUCGCUUCUUGAAGGUUUUACCUUGCAGAAGAGUUUUCCUAGAGACACAUUUAUGUUUUAAUCAUAUUGAAAGAAAUCAAGAAGGCAGCAAUAAUCAUGAUGGAUGUCGAUGGAGACCUUUCAGUUUGUAAUCAGUGCGGAUUCCCACUGUAUAAUGCUGUUAUGGCAAGUCAUACAAAAUACUCAUGUUGUUCAGCUGACAUAAACAAUUUUGAUUUCUGGCGUUUGAACACUUCACCCGGAAUGGUUUGUCUAAGCAAUGAGAAACCAGCCUUUUAUUUCGAGAGGGAUAAGAAGUUUUUUGAUCCUGGUGGCUGCAUGGCUGAAAAUCAUAGUCCUGCCAGAAAAAAAAAACAAACAUCUAAGAAAUAUGGUGAAUACAAAGAAGAGCCAUGUAGCACACAGUUGUCUACAAAAGAAAACCAUGUUAAUGGAAGAGAUAACAGUGAAUCUGAGGGAGCAGUGACAGCUAAUGGAAGCGCUAUUUUGAGCAAGGAAAAGCCAAAAGACGUAAGCUCCAACGAAGACAGCGGAGAACUCCAAGUAGAUGAAGGUUUGCAAGCCCCUUCUACAAACAGAAAGGAGAGGUCACUUUCAUACCAUGAAGUAAACACAAUGAAUGAAUUUCAGUAUUUAUCGCCUGGUAAGGACCCCCUCAAGCCUGAAGAAGUCAGCAUGUUGAAAAUAUUUUACAGAUUUUUGACGUCAUCGUCGAGUGCAACAGAUGGCAAUAAGAAUGCCCUGAAAGAAAUUGCAUUGCCGAGAGCUACAGGAGCUUCCACAGGAUCUGAGAUACGUAGCAAAUGUGUACAUUCUACUUCUGAAUUAUCAUGCUGCGAAGCACUAAGCAUGGAAAUUGAGAACCUCAAAGAGAGAGUUACACAGAAUGAAGAUUUUCGACGGGGAGUGGUUCAGGAGGUGAGAGAUCAGCGUAAGUUCGUUCAGUCUCAUCAAAAUGACAUUUCCCUGCUCAGGAUUGAAAUUGCCACCAUGCAGCAAGACCUUGUUGACUUGCAAAUUGAACACAACCGAUUAAACGACGAAGUCAAACGUCUUCUUGUCUUAGAAGAUCCAUUUCGUAUUCGCCACGAUCUUACAAAUUUAAUAACAAGUAUAGAAGUAACCCAAUUUAAGAUGCAAAGAUUGGAGAACCGAUCGCAGUCUCUUGAGACAAUGGUCUGUCGGCUAACCGGCAAAAUAGAGAAGUUACUCGUGCCUUAUGGACCUGAUGUGGUACAGAGUACCCCAUGAGUUAUGCAAAAUAAAGGGCAAUUUAACUUAGUUUUUAGAAUAGAAGACAGUGCAAAAGUGUUAGCUGCGUGAAAAGUUGAAGUCCAAAUGUACAUAGUAAAAGGAAGUAUAGGCAAAAGUAAAUUGAAAAGGCAAAUGAUGUAAUUAAGCAAGAAGGAGAUCUCGCUGCAUGCGCUUUUAAUCUGCUGAAAAAUAGGUUGAACUCCCGAAUGAUAAUGUUCGGCUUGUUAAGGAAUGCCGGCUUUUUUCUUGCAAAAAAAGGAUAUUUUUUAUAUUUGGCCUGUGGUAAGAGAUGAGCAGUGAGGAGAUAGUGAGUGCAUCGUGACUAAAUUAGCUAAGUCUCCCUCUAAUUAGUGUGUAUCAGAUUGUGUUAUCAAUACAAAAAUGAUACAAUAGCACACAGUGAAUCGCAUGUUAGAAGUUUGUGCGUAGGUCUAAUUAACUGUGUUAGCUACUGUAUUUUAUUUGGCAUGAUAUGAAAUAGUUGUGUAUUGCCCUAAGUGAUACACCUUAAUAUAGAAUGUCCAACUUGUCCAAAGUAUUUUUUUGAUUUGCACUCUCAUCGUUGGCAUGUACAUGGCGUGUGCAAAUAUAAUAUAUUUUGUUUCCUAGUGAAAUUGUGUGUAUUUAUGUAGAAAUAUGUAGUAUUUGUUUAUUGUAGUGGUUUUUUUUUCUGUUUUUAUAGCUAUUUAUCCUUUUUUCAUGAAUAGCCAUUAAAUGGUCGAGUCGAUUGUAGACCCUAAUUAAGUAAUGAGUCAGCUUAAAGUUGCAGAAGUAUUUUAAAGAUAAGUUAUUCAAACUAUUAUAUAAUCCAGCUUAGUUAACGCAGUUGUUAUUAUCUUUGAUAAGAAUUUAUAUACUUGUUUGAAUAUUUUUUAAAUUUUGGAUAUAAACUGCUUUGUACUAUUCUAGUUGUAAUGAGAAUCAGUACAACUUGUAUUCUGCAAGGAAUUAUACUAAAUAUUUUGGAAUUCCUCUAAUUCUUUAUCGUCCUGGCUGGGCGUAAAUAAACUAUGAUGUUGUUGUUUUGUAACCUCGUUUUAACACCAAGCUUAAAAGCGGAGCUCGCAUUUUUUUUCUCGCACGUCUCAAGAGCACAACACCUUGCCCCGGCCAGGAAUAGAACCCGGGUCGCCCGACUCGGAGCCCAGUGCACUGACCACUGGACUACUGAAUAAAGCCGUAGCUUUGGCGUGCCCGCGGCACGGUUGACCACGCAUGUUAAAAGUAGCACCUUGUACGGUCGUACGGUCGUACAUCCAAAUUUUUCCGGCUUGAUGGGUUACUACUAUUUUGUAUAAUUAUGGGGCUACGCUCUGCGAGCUCUGCUAUUAAGUAAUCAGUUGAUUUCAAACAUAUUUUCCUGUUUGUUGAAUGUAGUUUCUCUGUACAGUAUAAAAUAUUGCGAUUAGUUUUCUUUGAUAAGAUGUAUAGAUUUAGUAGAGUAUUAAGUUAGGGGUAGCCUUUUAAUGAAAGGGUUUGUAAUUCUUAAGGUGUUGGAAUUUAAUGUUAGAAAUUAAAGGUAAGAGAAA